AUGGAAUCGCUAAAGACAUUCAUUCACCAGUCGAUGCGUUCGCCAUUGCAACUGGCUAUCACCGUAGUGCUGCUCUACUGCAUAAAUGCCGUCGGAUAUGCCUUCUUCUUCUCGCCGGUUCGACAUGUGCCAGGUCCCUGGUGGGCGCGGCUGUCGAAGCUCCCAUUGCUCCGGGCGACAUUGCAACGUCGACGUUCGCAGUAUGCGUCGGACUUGCUGGCCAAGUACGGCACAGUGGUUGUCAUUGCCCCGGAUCAAAUCCAUACGACCGACGAGGAGGCCAUGAAGAUCAUUUACAACCGCCACUCGCGCAAGACGAGUUUCUACAGCAACAUGGGAAGUUGGAAAGGCGUGACGUCCACGCUUGGCUUCAUCGACUAUCCAAGCGCUGCACCUACGCGGAACAACCUGAUUCAGUGCUUCCAGAACAAGAACCUCGCCACUCUCGUUGAAAACAUGUCUUCUCACAUUGGCGAAUUCUGUGAUGUGUUGAGGGCGAAGGCCGGCCAGGAUAUCGAUGGCGUUGUGCUGUUUCGAUUGCUUGCGUUAGACAUCGUCACAGACGUCCUGUGGGGCGAGAGGAAGACGCUGCUCUCCGAGAUGUCGGACCAGACGCCUGUAUUCCUACGCCGCUUCCAUGCCUUCAGCUCUUACAACGCGAUGAAAAGCUUCAUCCCUGGUUUCGACACAUUCGUCAGAAUCGUGGGCUCUGCAAGGUGGCGACAGCUUCGACAAGACUGCAGCGACAUGGACGUUACAGCGAAAGAGGCGCUGGAGCGGUGGGAGAGCGAGCCGAAGCAUCGCGACCGGGAUGUACUCAGUAUGCUACGAUCGAUGGAUGCGGCCGAGGAUGAGCGCAAGCGGGUGCCAAGCGAACAUAUUCCGGCUUAUAUGGUGGAGAUGCUGGCCGCCGGGAGUUCCACCACCUCACAUACCGCAGCGUUCACGUGCUGGGCGCUGACAAAGAACCCUGAGGCUGGCAAAAAGCUUGAACAGGAACUGAAGGACGCCUUCCCGGGGGAAAUUGAGGAGCCACGGCUCAUGGACCUGCCAUAUCUCGAUGCGGUCAUUCGCGAGACGAUGCGUUUGAUGCCCAUGAUCCCAGGACCGUUGGAGCGGUACCUUGGGGAGAGCGUGGAGAUUGACGGGAUUAAGAUCCCUGCCGGUGUUGUGGCUUCAACUGCAGCCCGGGACCAGGGCCAGAUGGCAAGCGUCUUUCCACAGCCCGAGAAGUGGAUGCCGGAACGGUGGCUUGAUGCUUCCGAUCGAAUGCAUCUGAACUGGACACCCUUUGGCUUCGGUAGUCGGUCUUGCCCCGGCUCUAACCUCGCCAUGACAGAGCUCAAAUACAUGAUCGGCAUCAUCUUCCGGCAAUUUCGCGUUGUUGAGCCAGGUGAGGCCGGACACAAACAGGAAAGGCUUGACCUUGCAGAUGUGUUCGUAGCUGGUGAGAGGAGCGGGCAUUGCUGGCUGAGGUUUGAGCUUUUGUAG